GGAGGAGGGGGCUGUAACUGUGCAGCAAUUCACCUCGGGUCGGAAACCACGCCGCACCACCGCUGGCUGAGAGCAGUCCCGCCUGUAGAACAUUACUGCGCGUAUUCAGUCGGAGUGAUAUUCAUGUUCAUUCUGAGCAUGUAUAGUCUAUAUUGAGUGUAGAAAUUGGACAGUUUUAUCCAGACAAAGUAUUGCACUAAAAUAGGCACAGGUCGGAGAGAUGUGAGCAGGCAUCGUUGCUCUGCGGUUGGUGUCUGGGUGAUCAGACACCUCCAAACGUAAUGUGUGGAUAAGUAGUCUGCCCAUCCAGUGCGCUCUGUGAGAGAAAACAUGAAGUCGUCUCGUGAAUGAUUUAAUUUUACAUUUCACGAUAACAACACUAAUAAAAUUCAACAGUGUAAGUACUCAGCAUCAAAACUAUAGAUUUGCACUAUUUGCAAGUUUAAGUAAGUCGAUCAGCGCUGAAACCGUGGACGAUUACUAUGCCAGAAUGGGUCUACUACGAUUUUUAUUUUUCUGUGGACUAUUGCACAUCCAAGUCAACGGAUCUCGCCUGCGCCAGGAUGACUCCCCCCCCCGGAUCGUGGAGCACCCAUCCGACCUCAUCGUGUCCAAGGGCGAGCCGGCCACCCUCAACUGCAAGGCGGAGGGUCGCCCCGCCCCCACGGUGGAGUGGUACAAGGACGGGGAGCGCGUGGAGACGGACCGGGACAACCCCCGUUCCCACCGCAUGCUGCUGCCCAGCGGCUCGCUCUUCUUCCUGCGCAUCGUCCACGGCCGACGCAGCAAGCCGGACGACGGCAGCUACGUGUGUGUGGCCCGCAACUACCUGGGGGAGGCGGUGAGCAGGAACGCAUCCUUGGAAGUAGCAUUGUUACGUGAUGACUUCAGACAGAACCCCCAGGACGUGGUGGUGGCGGUCGGGGAGGCCGCAACAUUGGAGUGCCAGCCUCCUCGUGGGCACCCAGAGCCCACCACCUUCUGGAGGAAGGACAAGGCCCGUCUGGACCUCAAAGACGACAGAAUUACUGUACGUGGCGGGAAGCUGACCAUCUCCAACACCAGGAAGACUGACUCAGGGAUGUACGUGUGUGUGGCCACUAACAUGGUGGGGGAGAGGGACAGCGAGACGGCUCAGCUCUCUGUGUUCGAGAGACCCACGUUUGUGCGUCGUCCAGUGAACCAGGUGGUCCUGGUGGAGGAGAGUGUGGAGCUCAGGUGUCAAGUACAUGGAGACCCACCACCCUCUCUGCGCUGGAGGAAGGACGACCUGGAUGUACCCCGCAGCAGGUACGACGUCCGAUACGAGAAGGACGAUUUCCUCCUGAAGAUAAAGAAGGCGUCGGCCGGGGACCAGGGCACCUUCACCUGCGUGGCCGAGAACCGCGUGGGCAAAGUGGAGGCCUCGGCUACCCUGACCGUCAGAGCUCGCCCUGUUGAAGCUCCUCAGUUUGUGGUACGCCCCAGGGACCAGAUUGUGGCUCAGGGACGCACAGCCACCUUCCCCUGUGAGACCAAGGGAAACCCCCAACCCACUGUGUUCUGGCAGCGGGAAGGAAGCCAGGCUCUGCUGUUCCCAAGCCAGCCGGCCCAGGGGGGCAGCCGGGUGUCGGUGUCAGUGAGUGGGGAGCUCACCAUCUCGUCCGUACAGCGCUCUGACUCAGGAUACUACACUUGCCAGGCCCUCACGGUGGCGGGCAGCAUCCUGGCCAAGGCCCAGCUGGAGGUGGCAGACGCCUCGAAGGACCGCCCCCCGCCCAUCAUCCGGCAGGGCCCAUCCAAUCAGACGCAGGCUGUGGGCACGGUGGCCCUGCUGCGGUGUCAGGCGUCUGGGGACCCUGAGCCCACCGUUACCUGGCUGAAGGACGGCGUCAGUCUGCUGGGGAAGGACCCUCGCAUGACCCUGCUGGAGCCUGGCAGCCUGCAGAUCAUGAGCACCAGGCUGUCUGACUCUGGGCUGUAUACCUGCGUGGCCACCAGCUCCACGGGCGAGACCUCAUGGAGUGCCUUCCUAGAUGUCAGAGAGUCCAGCGACCUCAUAGACUCCAUGUCCCAUAAUGCCACUGCCCUCCCAGGGCCUCCCUCUAAGCCAGAGGUCACUGAUGUCACCAAAAGCAGUGUCUCGUUGUCGUGGGAACCUGGUCCCGAGGAGGGUUCCCCAUUCUCCUCCUACGUAAUCGAGGCCUUUGGUCAACUGGUCAGCAACAGCUGGCAGACAGUGGCCGACCACGUGAAGACCACGCAAUUCACGGUCAAGGACCUCCGACCCAACACGGUCUACCUGUUCAUCAUCAGAGCGGUCAACGCCCAGGGUAUUGGAGACCCCAGCCCUAUGUCCGAGCCAGUUCGCACCCAAGACAUAAGUCCUCCAGCGCAGGGCGUUGACCAUCGGCGUGUCCAGAAGGAGCUGGGCGACGUGGCGGUCAGCAUGCACAAUCCUGUAGUGGUCAGCUCCACCUCCGUCCAGGUCACAUGGACCGUAGAGAACCCUUCCCAGUUCAUCCAGGGAUAUCGUGUUCUGUACAGGCAGACAUCAGGACUGCCUUCCCCAGGUGCCUGGCAGGUACAGGAUCUCAAGGUCCCCUCGGAGAGAGACGUGGCUUUGUCUGGCCUGAAGAAGGGCGUGGUCUACGAGAUAAAAGUCCGCCCGUACUUCAACGAGUUCCAGGGAGCAGACAGUGAAUCAAUGACAGCACGCACCUUGGAAGAAGCGCCCAGCGGUCCCCCUCAGCAGGUGACAGUUCUCACAGCGGGGAGCCAUAACAGCACCUCAAUCAGCGUGUCCUGGGAUCCGCCUCCCGUGGACCACCAGAACGGCAUCAUCCAGGAGUACAAGAUCUGGUGCCUGGCGAACGAGACGCGCUACCAUGUGAAUAAGACGGUGGACGCAGCAAUCCGUUCGGUGGUGGUGGGGGGCCUGCAGGCGGGGGUGCAGUAUCGGGUGGAGGUGGCGGCAGGCACCAGUGCCGGGGUGGGGGUGAAGAGCGAACCCCAACCCAUUAUUAUAGGUGCGGAGCUGCGUGAUGUCAUGACGGGGGCGGAGGGCAAUAACAGUAUCUCCGAUGUGGUGAAACAGCCGGCCUUCAUCGCCGGGCUGGGCGGGGCCUGUUGGAUUGUCCUCAUGGGCUUCAGUGCCUGGCUCUACUGGAGGAGGAAGAAGAGGAAAGGCCUCAGCAACUACGCAGUUCAGUCCUUCACCUUUACCCGUGCAGUGACAUUUCAACGAGACAGAGGCCUGAUUGGAAAUGGAAGUCGUCCUGGGCUUCUGAAAGCCGGUGACCCAGGGUUCCCUUGGUUAGCUGACUCCUGGCCCUCCACCAGUCUGCCGUCCAAUGGGGGCUUGGGAGGACCUAAGGACCGGGGCAACUUUGGUCGAGGAGAUGUGUUGCCCUCUGGAACCGGGGAGAAAACUGGCACCAUGUUGUCCGAUGGUGCCAUCUACAGCAGUAUAGACUUCACUGGGAAGGCGGGCUACAGCAGCCCGGCACGGGGCAGCCAGGCCACACCCUAUGCCACCACUCAGAUCCUGCAGUCCAACAGCUUCCAUGAGCUGGCCGUGGACAGGCCGGAUCCCCGCUGGAAGGCUUCCCUGCGAGCCCAGCAGGAGAUGACCAACCUGGGCUACUCCCUGACCGACGGCCGGCCCGGCAACGGUGGAAAGGGCGGCAAGAAAAAGAAGUCGAAGGGCGGGUCGAAGGCAUCCAAAUCCAACGGGUCGUGUUGGGUCAACAUGCCCCUGCCUCCCCCCCCCAUGCACCCUCUACCAGGCACCGAGGUGGACCACUACCCCCCAGAGAACCACGGAGGAGGGUAUGACAGCGACAGUUGGGCCCCUCCCCUUCCUGUCCAGACCUACCUCCACCAGGGAAUGGAUGAUGACCUGGAGGAGGAGCGAGUGCCCACCCCGCCCAUCAGGGGAGUGGCCUCCUCUCCUCCAGCAGUUCCCUACAGCCAACCGUCAUCCUCCUCUCUAAGCUCCACCCACCAUGAGGAGAUGCAGUCCAUGCUGCAGGCCCACCUGGAUGAGUUGACCCGAGCCUACCAGUACGAAGUGGCCAAACAGACCUGGCACAUGAAGGGCAGCCCUCUUCCGCCUAAGGCCCCGAUGGCUCCAAUGACCUAUGUGUCUAGCACGCUGGGCUCUGACCAAUGUGAGGAAGAGGAGGAGGACGAGGGCUACGGAGUCUCACAUCAGCUCUGUGGCUUUGAUUACUCGGCUGGACGCAGUAUAGACAACCUGGAAGGCUCAAGCUUUUCCCAGCGAGGUCGCCCAGGCAGCUCAGGAUCAGCAGAGAGCAGUUCUCUGGGCACACAGAGCCUCGGUCACCAGAGGGCCAUGCACUCCGGACGCAAACCCUGUGCAGAAACUGUCGGGACACUGCCCAGGAGGAGAGACCUAACCCCUGCAGAAGUGGUCUGUCCUGCCCCCGAGGCGGUCCACAGCGUGGGGGCGAGGCUGCACGGUUCGUGGGCAGCCGGCGCCUCGGACCCCCCAGAGGAGUGUAUGGUGUCCACGCUGGAGCGGCAGCACAUGGCCUCCUGGAGCGGCACACCCUCCGCCAUGGGCACGCUGGGCAGGGCACGCCACCGGGCCGGGGCUGGCGCUGACCACCCACACAACAGCCUCCAGCCACCCAAGAGCACCGAGCCGAACUAUGGAGAACGAUAGUCUUUGUGAUGAGUCGGACCCUCCAGUGCUGCCUGUCCCAGGACACCAUGUCUAUAAGUGCAAUGAGAUUCCCCCUCUUGGAAUGCUACAGGAAGGAGGAUGGAGAGAUGGCGUGAAUAAGAGAGAGAGAGAGAGAGAGAGAGAGGGAAGGGUAGAGCUGUAAAUGUGAUGUACAGACACACGGACACAGUGUUCUUUUUAUGGUGUUCCGUUCAUCCCUCGUUCCAAAACAACCUGCUGUAUGUCACUCCUGAUCCAUGUCACUCCAUGUACACUGUCACUAAUGAAGAAGAACUCAACAGUUAAGCUAUUGACUCAUGAAAGUGAAAGGACUUGCAUUUCCUGUAAAUAGGUUUUGUAUUUCAGUUUUUCUUUUUUUCUUUGCUUUGCUAUGCAAGCCAAAUCUGACAUUGAAGUUGUCUCUUUUAAUUGUAAUUUUACAUUGUGAGUUGAUGGACUGUGGUGCCACAUUUGUUUUUCAUAAAUGCUUGAAAUAACUGCUUAAUUUUGAUGAAACUACUGUAUCGUUGUUUAUUUUGCACAGAGUGUUUGGGUGAUAAUAAGCACAAAGUCAUCAGCUACAGCUGAGCUGGGAAGAAUGAUGAAGAGGAGCGUCUAUAAUAUAAUCUACAUUUAACAAAUAUAGUAUAUGACACAGAUCAGAGAUACAGAUGUAUUGACAGAUACAGUAUAAGAAACACAACGAAAUGAAGAAAUGAAACAGACGCCCACAUAGAUAUGAUGUUUUGUGUAUCUGCGCUGGUUUGUUGCCUAUGUGCAUUGUACUGCAUCGCAGUCUGUUGCCUAAACAGUAUAUUCACGUGAAAGCGAGGGAGCAGUUCUUGAAUUCCUAAAAAAAAAAAAUCGAGGUUGAAAACCAUCUAUUUGCCACAUCCAAAAUGGAAGCUUGGUGCGGGGAGAGAAGUGGCUAGCUGCUGAUUGGGAGGGUUCGGAGACGAGCCUAUUAGGCGCCAAUCCGGUGUGGUCAGGUGGGGACAGCUGUGCGCGCAGAUGGACUCUGUCGAGUGUUACCCAUGGGAACAAAUUGAGACAGGCAUGGAGAUUUUGGUCCUGGAACGACUAGCUAAUCCUGAACUGGGUUUCUUAGCUCUGAGUGAUGGUGAGCAUGAUUAAAGACAAAAUGCAAUUAGAUUACUAAUCUGAUUUGACUAACAGAGCCGUCACCGACGUGAUGCCGUCUGUAGUACCCCCCCCCCCCCCCCCCCACCCGGUUAAACACCGGUAACAGAUGACCUCUCAUCAGGACACAAGGCACCGUGAGCCCAUCACCAGAUCAGGACAUCCUCAUCUCAGCAACCAGUCACGGAGGGCAGCUGGUUGCUAGUUUCAGCCUACGAGAUUCACGAUGCAGUGUUUUGACUCACUUCUUUGUACGGUUCUUUUAUGGUUAUUCUUUGUAUUGGCUCCACCUGUUAAGGCUCUGUACCUGCCAGAUCCGGUCUGCCCUCAGGAACACCCAGGCACGUACAGUGUGGCCGUUCGUUUUUCAAUCCUACAAUGCAAAUAAAAUGUGUAUGUGGAAUCUA